AUGGACGGGUGGACCAAUAAAAAGACAGCUCCUUCAUCAGCUCCUUCAAGCUUCGAGGCUCAAUCGGACGAGAAUGGUUAUAUUGUGAUGCGGAAUUUACACAGCACGGUACGGGACAAUUUUUUUUGUCUCUGCGUUCUUCGUGAUGGGGCUCCCCAUCAAGGGAUUUUCUUGAAAGUGGAAGCCCACAUUCGCCUAAUCAUCGAGAAUUAUCACAAAGUCCUCAAUAUGAUGUGCAUUCAGUGGCGUGCAUCAGUAAUAAACUCGCCCCUCGCCACCGCCGUCGAUAUUGUCAGCGGAAUGGUAAGGUGGAGUGAUAGAAGCCUAUAA